AUGUCGGCUCCAGGCCAGAAUAACGUCGAUAUCGACGCCCUCCUCGAUCUUACCGACUACGACAACUUUCAGUCCCCUGCUGCUUCAUUAUCACCAUCAGGAAACUCAAAGGCUAGCUUCACAAGUCCUAUUUCCGCUGCCGUCGCUGCUCCUAUUACCACAACUGCACAGAGCCUUAGUGGUCCUAGUCACAACUAUGACAUGUACCGACAACAGACAGGCUUUGUCCCUGGCGCUAUCGCCAACACCAUGGCAGUAAACCAGACAAACAACACUGGUUACCAAGACUUCCGCAGUCUGGACUACCUCUCCACAUUCAGUCCCGAGGCCGACCCAUUCGACUUCAACGCCUCUCCUUCGCAGGCUACACUUGGUACUUCCGACAUGGACAUGGACUUUGACUCUCAGAUGGAGUCGCAGCAGUUCUUCACUGUCGAUCCCAGCAGCAUUGAGCAAGAGGUUGAUGGUCUACCUUCGCCUCCGGUUCUGCCCACUCAGACCAACAACGUCGGCCGCCUUUACCCUGGUGCUCACUCUCAUGCCGCCCUCGCCAAGGCUCAAGCUCAGCAGCGACAGCAGCAACACAUCAUCCAGCAACAACAGCAGGCACAUCGACAGAGUUCUCAGCCCAAGUCUCGUGGCAAGGCUCCUCAGCCUACUGACCCCAUUGUUGAGCAGAAGAUUACUCAGCUCCUGAACUCCAUGCGAGCCAAGCCUUCAAUGCCUGAGAGCCAGGCCACAAGCCCUAUGGCCAACCUUCCUCGAUCCAAGAAGGACGAAGAGGAGAUGGACGAGGAUGAGCGCCUUCUUGCCAGUGAGGAGGGUAAGAAGCUAAGCAGCAAGGAACGACGACAGCUUCGCAACAAGGUCUCCGCACGCGCUUUCCGUUCCCGCAGAAAGGAAUACAUCACUCAGCUUGAGGCCGAAAUUGCCAACAAGGUCAGCGAGAAUGGUGACCUUCGAACCCAGAACCGAGCUCUCAUGGACGAGAACAAGCGUCUGAGCGAUCUCACUCGCAUGCUUCUCUCUUCACCUUCGUUCUCCAACUUCCUCGACAACCUCAGCAGCAACCCUGCUGCUGUCCAACAGACUCCCCAGCUCAAGGUCGAGCCUCAGCCUGAGCAGCGCCAAAUGCCCAAGGACAUUAACCCCUACAACUCUCAACCGUCUUCGCAACAGCAGAUUGGCAUGGCUAUGAUCCCCGAGCAGAACAUGGAUUUCUCUAUGCUCACCCUCGAUGGCUCAUUCAACUUCCAACCUCAGGUCUUUGUUGUCGAUACCCCUGAGGUUCCCGAUAUCAUUGAUGCCGCCAUCCUCUCUGGCAAGACCUCUAACUUCAUCGAGCCUAUCUUUGAUUCCGAGGAGGAGAAGCUUGAGGUUCCCGCCAUCGAGCGCCCUGUUGAGAAGCCCGAGGUUUCCGGGUUCGCCGAUGCUGCUCCUAUUGAUGCCGAGUUCGAGUCUGAUCCUGAGUUUGCCCUGUUCCACACUGAAACCGCCACUACUGUCACUGAGCAACCCCAAGAGUUUGAUACUGAGGGUCUUUCGCAUGUCGACAUCUUUGGUGGCGUCGAAUCUGAAAAGGUUCUCUCUCGCUUGGAACUUGUCGAUGCUGGUGAGGAAGAAUGCACAGCUGCUAUUGCCAUGGCUCGUGUGCAGCGUAUCAGCGCUAGCUGUGACGCUGUUACAUCAAGGUUAGAACUUCUCACCAUUGACCUAUAA